CAGUGACAUGCUUCUCAUUGCUCUUCAUGCUGUACAGGUCCUCUGCACCUCUGUGAAUGAGCCUCCUAUCAGUGCCGCCUAUCAGUGCCAUAUAUGAGUGCUGCCUUUCAGUGCCAAUCAGUGAUGCCUGUCAAUGCCCAUCAGUGUCACCUACCAGUGCCUCCUCAUCAGUGCCCAUCAGUGUCACCUAUCAGUGCCCAUCAGUGUCACCUAUCAGUGCCCAUCAGUGCAGCCUCAUUAGCGCACAUCAGUGAAGACGAAAAAUCACUUAUGUACAAAAUUUUAUAA